AUGAAGAAUCGCGAAUCAGGAUCUUUUCUCAAGCUCCCUUCUAAGUCGAGACCUUUCUUCCUUUGUUCCUUUCCUCAGCCCGUAGGUCACGAUGUGGAGACCUGCCAUGUGUUGAAACCCGAGUUACGUGGUGCCACUGGCCACCAUGCCAAGACUACUGGAACAAGAGAACUUCGGUUGACAGAGACGGUGGAUAUGGACGUUUAUGAUGGGCAUGCAGAGGGCAAUGAGGAAAAGCCGUCCGUUCAGCCACCAGUUGUUAUGACCUACGGACAGAGAGCAGGGGGUACACAAAGGGAGCAAGUGAGGCAGCCCACUGCUGCUACACCAGUGGAGCAGGAGAGGGGGACAGCGGUGGACAGUGGGGGGGUGGUUGCAGUCAAAGGGACUAGCGAUAAGGAGGUGUUGCUGCGACCUGAGGGAGGAGGGGAAGGUAUCAAGGCUGCGGGGAGUGGGCUGGCAGCGAGGGUGGUCAUGCAAUUGGUUGAGAGGCAAGCAAUGUCUUCUGCGGACGACAUGUUGGUUGACGACAUACAAGACACUCAGCGAAGGGUGGGUAACCUCUCUCCUAGGGGCGGGUGUCCUAGGGAUUGUGUUCGGGGGGAGGUGUCACCACUAGAGACAGUGCAUAUGGAUACAGUGGCGAUUACUGACAGCCUUGCGCAGGAGAAAGUGAUUUGUAAGGAGAGAACUGAUGCAAGGUCGCGUGGUCUCCGGGCUGGCUUCCCGUCAGAUAGAACACUACAAUCCAUGGAGAGGGAGGAGUUAUGGAGUGCAUUACUAAGGGAUAAGCCCGCCUUGAACCCGUGGUUUUUGGUGGGGGAUUUCAAUGUGGUCACAAAGACCGAGGAGAAGAGGGGCGGUCUACCAUUUAAACCGUCAGAGGGGUUGGACUUUUUGAAUUUCAUGACGGUGGCUGGAGUCAGUGAUGUGAGAUUCUCUGGGUCAAGGUAUACCUGGUGUAAUAAUCGCUCGGGAAUGGCGUGGAUUUGGAAGCGUCUGGACCGCUUACUUCUUUGUGGGCGCGUUUUAGAGCUUCCGUACGAAGUCAUGGUUCAGCAUUUGUGCUGUGACCCGUCGGAUCAUGCUUCCUUGUUGCUGGUUAUCAAGGAUUGCUGGGCUCAGCCAGUCAGUGGCUCUCCACUGCAAGUACUGGCCACGAGGUUACGGUAUGUUAAAAAUGCCCUUAAGCAAUGGUCUAGGAUGACAUUCAGUGAUAUUUUUGAGGGGGCCCGUAGUGCAGAGCGCGUGGUAGCCGAGGUUGAGAUGCAGUACGACCUGGAUCCGACUGAGCAUCGGCGGGGCGAGUUACAUCGUGCUCGUGCACGGUUGAGGCGUGCGCUUGUAAUUGAGGAGGGUUUUUGGAGACAAAAGGCGUGGGUAAGGUGGCAUUUGGACGGAGAUAGGAACACCAAAUACUUUCAUUCUUUGGUUACGGAACAGAGGCGUAGGGUGGUGAUUCAUCGGGUUAGGGGUACAGCUGAAGAGUGGAUUGAGGGGGAGCCUCAGAUUGGGGAUGUGGCUGUGGGAUUCUUUCAGGAGCUGUUCACGGCAGAGGGGGGCCCACAUUCUAAUGCCGGUCUGGAGGUCAUCCCAAAACUGGUAAUGGACCUGGACAACUCACUGUUAACGAACAUUUCCUCUCUUACAGAAGUUAAGGACAUAGUCUUUACCAUGGAUGGGGAGAGCGCAGCAGGCCCGGACAGGUUCAUAGGAAAAUUCUUUACCUUUGCUUGGGAGGUGGUGGCAUCGGAUGUAUACCUGGUAGUUGUCAGCUUUUUCUGCGGUGGUGAGCUACCUAGGAGUGUCACGGCUACCUCGAUUGUUUUGUUGCCCAAGGUGGAGAACCCCCAAGAUUUCAAGCAGUUUCGGCCGAUCAGUUUGUACAAUUUUGCUAACAAAAUCAUCUCCAAGCUGUUAUCAGCAAGGUUGGCUAUGAUCUUACCCCGGCUUAUAUCUCCUCAACAAAGCGGGUUUGUCCAAGGGAGGCAGAUUAUAGAUAAUUUCCUGCUAGCUCAGGAGUUAGUAGCGGAUAUCAAGAAAUCAAAUCGGGGUGGCAACGUGGUCAUCAAGUUAGAUAUGAUGAAGGUCUAUGAUAGAGUCUCAUGGCUCUUCCUCCUACAGCUGCUGCGGUAUUUCAGGUUCAGUGAGACCUGGAUAGACAUGAUCUGGCACUUAAUUUCGAAUGUAUGGUUCUCGGUAUUGGUUAAUGGGGGUCCGCACGGCUUUUUCAGGUCCUCACGAGGUUUACGGCAAGGAGAUCCCAUUUCACCGGCCUUAUUCAUUAUCGGAGCUGAGGUGUUGUCUCGAGCCUUCAAUGCGCUACCCACACAGCGGGGUUUUACCCCUUUUAGAGUACCUCCUCGAUGUCCUAUAGUUACGCACUUGGCGUUCGUCGAUGACAUGAUCAUCUUUUCUAGUGGGGGGAGGUCGUCUCUACGAUUGGUUAAACGGGUUCUAGAUGAUUACAGUGUGGCAUCAGGUCAGCGGCUCAAUCCUCAGAAGAGCUAUUUCCUUACUCAUCCACGGGCUCCCUCUCAGAGGACAGCGGAUGGAAGGAGUAAGAAGGUCUACUAUGCAAAUACAUACAAUGCGGUGGCGACCCGGAUUCUGUCUUGGAAGAAUCAGAUUUUAUCGGCAGGGGGCAAGGUGGUGUUGAUUCAGAGCGUGCUAGCCUCUAUGCCAGUUUACCUGCUGGCAGCCGCGUCUCCUCCAAAGGGGAUGUUAGUUGCACUGGAGAAAUUAUUCGCCAAGUUCUUGUGGGGGUCAUCGAAUUUGGGGGACAAGUUCCAUUGGAUGUGUUGGGCGGAUCUGUGUUGGCCGAGGGAAGAGGGGGGUGUUGGUCUGCGGGGGUUGAAGCAGGUCUACUACUCAUUUUCCAUUAAGCUCUGGUGGAAAUUUCGGCAACAACAAUCAUUAUGGGCAGAGUUUAUGUCCCAGAAGUAUUGCGCAGGACAGCACCCGUGUCUUGCUGAUGUCGGGCAUCAGGGAUCCCAAACUUGGUGGAGGAUGGUGACGAUGCAGUGUUUUAGGGAGGACAAUAUUAGCUGGGUAGUACGUGCGGGUGCAUUGGAUUUUUGGCAUGACAACUGGAUGGGGUUAGGUGCGCUAUGCGACAAGGUGGAGGUCUUCCAUGAUCAUUAG